AUGUUAGAUUGUGGUAGAGAUAUAGAGUUAAAUUCUAAAGAAAUUUAAUGGUUUAUUGAUUUGCUGUAGAUUCAAGAAAAAAAGAGAUCUGAAGAUUUAGUAGCUGAAUUAGCGCAAUUGUUUCAAAGAUUUCAUUUUUUUAAAGAAUUCAUAGAUAACAAAGAUAUUUAUGAGGAAAGUCCAUAAGUAAUACUUAAAUGCGCAAAGAAUGCAUUUUAUACUAAGUUCUAAGAAAAUAUUUGCAUACAAACUUCAGGGACAACAUUAAAAAGAAUGUAUUUCUUGAUUCGUGGAAAGAUAGGAGUUUAUGUGAAUCUAAAAGAAGAAUGUAAAUCUUAGGAAGAAAUAAAAGAAAAGGAGCUACAAUAAGAAUAAUUAGAUACAAAUUUAGUAAAUUCUAAAGAUGAUGAAUUAAUAAAUAUUUAAGAAGGAGAGUUAGUUGAAGAAAAAUAUAUAAAGAAUUUAACGCUGAUAGAAACUUAUUAGCCUGGCUAUCACUUUGGAAAUUUAGAUUUAUUAUAUCAAAAAAAGAGUAAUUUAUAUCUGAUAGCAGCUGAAAACUGCGAGUUUGCUUGUCUAGAUAAGAAAUAAUACAAUCAAUUUAUUAAAAAAUUUGAUGAAAGUAGGACUCAUUUAUUAAUGUAGGAAAUAUCUCAUUCAUUUCCUCACUGGAGCAAAAAUAGGAUUAAAAAUUAUUUUCUUAAUUUUUUAGUCUUAAAAUUUAAAAAAGGGGAAACAAUUUACUCAGAAAAAGAAGCACCUCUAGGUUGCUAUUUAGUAAAAGAAGGCAAUUUUACUUCUUACCAAUUUAUGCGAUUGAAUGAUGUAGACAAAUAAAAUGAAGAAACUACUCAUUUUAAAUAUAAAAAGAAUCUUUCUUAAGGCUAAGUCGAUAAUUUCGAUGAAACAUAAUCUUUUGAAAAAACUAUAACAAAUAAACAAAAUUAAUUGCAUACUUCACCUAAAAAGCAAAUACAAUUGUUUUGCUUAGUUAAAGGAUAAAUGUUUGGAGAAGAGGAGAUUUUAUAAUUUAAAAAUAGAAAUUUUAGUGUAAAGUGUGAUAGCAUAGAUGGUAUCCUUUAUUUUAUAAGGAAGAAAGAUUUUUUAUAAAUAAUAUAUGAUGAUCCUGAAUAAAAAUAUGAAUUUUAGUCUUUGGCAUUUAAUAAAAAGCAGCUACUGAAAAUGAGGAAAAAAUAGAUAAAGGAAAAUAUCAGCUAAUAUAAGUCUUACUUGUGGGAGGACAGAAUGAAAAUAGAAUAAGAAAAUAAGAGUUUAAUUUAUUUAGAUGCUAAUAAAAAACCAAAAUCUAAGUUAGACUUAAAUGAAUAUUUAAACAAUAGCAAACAGAAAGAUCCAACAAUCAGGAAUUAAAAUUCUCCCAUUAGAAUUUAUUCUCCAAAUGUGGCACAUAAUAAAAGAAGUUUAAGCUUAGGAUCUUUGCUCUCUCAAAAUUUAAUUAAUUAAAAAUCAAUGGCUUUUUAAACACCUUCUAAAUUUAGCGAAGAAAUAACUGAUACACAAAUGCAACAUUCAUAAAGAUAAAUUCACUCAAAUAAUAUUUUAAACAGUGUAGAAAGCGAGAAAUUAAUGAUUUAGAUAGAAAAAAUUCCUACUCGAAUAUAAAGUUUAUAAACACUCAACUCUCCUAGGAGUGUUGAUUAAUUUUAACAAAGCUCUUUUGCUUAGGUGAAAACACCAAAAAAGAAAGGUCAAGAGUUAAAACUUAACUUUAAUCUGCCUAUUCUAAAUUUAGAAAAAUUGAGCCAAGAAAAACUGCUUGAGUAUUCCCCUAGAAGGUAUCUCAAUAAAAAUCUAAGAAAUUCAAAUAGAUAAAAAAAAAGUUAAAGCGAGCAUAUUACAGAUUAGAAUGAUUAAUAUGUAUCCUUGGAUAGUAGUAAUAACUUUUGUACUCACAGAAGUGAAAUUAAACACAAAAUAAUAAAAAUUUAAUCAACUGGAAUCGAUUAAGAGACUCUAAAGAAAUCUAAAAACAUUUCUUAGUAGGUAGAUAGCUUGAUUCUGUCUUAAAGAUAUAAAAAUUAUCAAUAAACACUAGACUUUUUUAAGAAUUAUAAACCAAUAAAUGCUAGAAAUCUAUACAAAGAUGUAGUAAAUGGAGAUAGUUUUAACAAUCUCCUAUAAAUAAAAUUAGCUGAGAAAAACAAGUUAUAAGAAAAAAAAGAAAAGACUUUCAAUGUUAUUUAACUAUAAUAAGGGUUAAAAAAUAUCUAAAAUCUAACUAAAACGAAUGGUCUUUAAAAUAUGUUUAGUUAAAAUCAAAUACAGUCUUCAAAUUAGCUCAUUUAAAUACAAUCAUUAAUAAAAUUAGAUGAAGAAUAGCCAGAAAUGGUUAGCUCAAAUAAUUCAAGUAUUUAAUCGAAAAUAAUUUUGCCAAUUUAAUCUUUGGGAAUUUCAAAUUCUAAAAUAUUUGACCUUAAAGAAUAAAUUUCGUCAAACCGCUAAAAAUCAAAUCAAUUCAGCCAAGUCGAUUCAAACUAAUUUGCUCUUAAGAAAUAAAUAAAACAAAAUAAAAUUAAUUAAUAGAGCAAUAUGAUAAAUAAUGUAAAUAACUUUACUAGAUUAGAUAAUGCUGCAAUAUAGUAAAGAGAUUCCAUUUAACUUCGAAAAAGCAGUCUAAAUAAAUUAAAUAAAAUUCUUCAAAUAUAAAAUUGA